UUGGCUUGGCUACGCCUAUCUCUCUCAGUCUCUCUCAUCUUUUGAGGAGAGAAGAGAAACAGUGAGAAAAAGAGAAAGAGAACCAAACGAGGCUUGAUCACUUCAGAGUACUGGAACACUCUGACAUCUCCGGUCACCCUCCCAUUACUCGUCCGGCGCUGGCAGUUUCUCAAAUUUUUCUUCAUUUGAUCUUCAGGGUACUGUAGAUUUACCAAGGCACCUCCAUUUUUCGUUUCCUCCACUUUCCCUGUGGAAUCUACAAGCUGACGACUCUAGCCAUAUAUAAGGGGUUUCUCAACUCGUUUUCAACGAGAGAAGUUAACGAACCAAACAUACACACUUUCUUGGCUUCAGGAAUGGAGAAUUUGAGGUCUCCAUUCAAGGGGAUAAUCAACGACGUGAGAGGGAGAACUGCGUGCUAUAAGGAAGAUUGGAUCAGUGCACUUCGUUCAGGCAUCAGGAUAUUGGCUCCAACUACUUAUAUCUUCUUUGCUUCUGCACUUCCCGUCAUUGCCUUUGGAGAGCAGCUGAGUAGAGACACAGAUGGAAGUCUGAGUACUGUGGAAACCUUAGUUUCUACUGCUAUUUGCGGAAUAAUCCACUCAAUUUUUGGCGGCCAGCCAUUGUUGAUAUUAGGAGUUGCUGAACCCACUGUUAUAAUGUAUACAUAUUUGUACAAGUUCAGCAAAGGAAAAGCAGAGUUAGGCCAGAAAUUGUACUUGGCCUGGGCUGGUUGGGUUUGUGUUUGGACUGCACUUAUGCUUUUUCUGCUUGCAAUUUUUAAUGCCGGCAACAUCAUCACUAAAUUUACAAGAAUUGCUGGGGAGCUUUUUGGAAUGCUGAUCACAGUUCUUUUCUUUCAAGAGGCUAUCAAGGGACUUGUUAGUGAAUUUAAUAUUCCCAAACAUGAGAAUCUCCAAUUAGAAAAAUACCAAUUCCACUGGCUGUACGCAAAUGGAUUGCUUGCAAUUAUUUUCUCAUUUGGUUUGCUCGUCACUGCCCUUAAAAGCAGACAGGCAAGGUCAUGGCGAUAUGGCACAGGGUGGCUCCGAAGUUUUAUUGCUGACUAUGGGGUUCCCAUAAUGGUCUUGUUGUGGACCCUAAUGACUUAUAGUGUACCCAGCAAAGUUCCUGCUGGAGUUCCUAGGAGGCUACAUUGUCCACUUCUUUGGGAUUCUAUAUCAGCCUAUCAUUGGACUGUAAUCAAGGAUAUGGGGAAGGUUCCAGUGGUUUACAUCUUUGCUGCAAUUAUACCGGCCAUUAUGAUAGCGGGUCUAUACUUUUUUGACCACAGUGUAGCUUCACAGAUGGCACAACAAAAGGAGUUCAAUCUCAAGAAUCCAUCAGCUUACCAUUAUGAUGUUCUGUUGCUUGGAUUCAUGACUUUAAUUUGUGGCUUGCUUGGACUCCCUCCUUCAAAUGGUGUUCUUCCCCAAUCACCAAUGCACACUAAGAGCCUUGCAGUUCUUAAGAAGCAGUUGAUUCGAAAAAAGAUGGUACAAAGCGCCAAGGAAUGCAUUGAGCGGAAAGCAAGCAACUCAGAAAUUUAUGGAAGGAUGCAAGCUGUGUUUAUAGAAAUGGACACAGCUCCACCUACUGCUUCAGUAGAUAAAGAGUUGGCGGACUUGAAAGAAGCUGUAAUGAAAACUGAUGAUAGAGGUGAUGCAAAAGAAAAUUUUGAUCCUGAUAGACACAUUGAUGCUUACUUGCCUGUACGAGUUAAUGAGCAGAGAUUGAGUAACCUAUUACAAUCACUGUUAGUUGGAUUAUCAACAUGUGCUCUGCCUAUAAUAAAAAAAAUACCUACAUCAGUUCUCUGGGGUUACUUUGCCUACAUGGCAAUUGAUAGUCUCCCAGGGAAUCAGUUUUGGGAGAGGAUGUUACUGCUCUUCGUUCCCCCAAAUCGGCGUUACAAAGUUUUGGAAGGUGUUCAUGCUUCAUUCGUGGAGUUGGUGCCAUUCAAGCACAUUGCUAUAUUUACACUCUUCCAAUUUGUAUAUCUUUUGAUUUGUUUUGGGGUGACGUGGAUACCUAUUGGCGGAGUAUUGUUCCCACUGCCAUUCUUCUUUCUCAUUGGCAUAAGGCACUCUAUCUUUCCUAAGGUGUUCCAUCCUCGUUAUCUUCAAGAACUGGAUGCAGCUGAGUAUGAAGAAAUUGCUGGUACGCCAAAACGAAGUCGGAGUCUUAAGCUCAAGGAGGGAGAACCAACUGAUAUGAGGAAUGAAGUAAGUGAUGAAGAUGAUUUCUAUGAUGCUGAGAUACUGGACGAAAUGACAACCCACAGAGGCGAGCUGAAGCUUAGAACUUUAAGCUUCAAGGAAGACAAAAUAUCUCAGGUACAUCCACAGGAUGAUGCUGGUCGAAGACAAUGAGACCUUGCAAUUAGGAUAUGGAAGGAUCUCCUCAUUACAGUGAAGAUGGUUAUCAUUAUAUCCUCUGCUUGAGAGGAAAAUUGGGUUUAAAACAAAAAGACCCUGCAAGGAAGUACUGAAGCAUACAUGAUCAAAUAUAAUUCAUACAAAUAUAGAAGGGCAAUUUUGGAAAGAGAGCUGAGAAAAUAAGGAUAUCGAGACAAAGGGAUAGAAGGAAGAGCUUUUAAAUUUAAAAUCUUUUUCAAGUUUUCUGAUUAGGUUAAGAGCAUUUAGAUGAUUAAUAGCUUGUUGUAAUUGCCCUUUUCUAUCCUCUGCUCGAAAAUUUCCCUACCAAUAAUGGGGAAGAAAGAAUCAGAUGGAGGAAAGGGAAAUGAUAAACAGAAGAAGGUUAGCUAGUUUGGCAUUGAA